ACAGCGGAGGAAAAACAAGAUCAAGCAAGAAUGAAACGAAUUAAUCCUUUCUUUGAGAAGCUCCCGUAUCUGGAAAAAACCGCAUUUGGUCUAGCCAUCCUGUUCGAUCCUCGACGUUACAUCAAGGAGAUUGUCUUCACAGAGGAUUGUGGAAUUCCAUGCAUGGGAUUGGAUGAGGGAGAAAAAAUUGUGUUAGACUAUUUGAUUAAGGGAAGAUCAUAUGCCACCACAGGUACAAGAUUUAACAUGGUGUAUUGUAUUUUAAUCCAACAUAUGUGCUACACUUCAAGGGUCACAGUAAAUCCAUAAAAAUGGAUAUGGACAUUCAUAUAUUUAUAUUUAAAGCUGGUUGACUUAGUUUAAGUCUCAUUCUUUAGGUAUAUAAAAAAUACAGCAUAAGAUCAUAAUUAGGCCUCUAUAGUGGGAACGUUUAAGAACUAUAAAACUAUUUAGCUUAGGUCUCCUGCUGUAAUAAUACUGACCAAUAAACGAAGACAGUUACUGGACUGUCGGUAAUAGAUCUAACCAGUAACAAUAAAGUUUAGUAUGUGCCAUUAUAGGUAGUGCCAAUAAUAACAAAAUUUUGGAUGCAACUACUUCAAAAGUAUAAGGAGAAUUUCGACGUUUUGAGCGAAGGUCCUUUAUUCACUUGUUCUGAUCUUGAAUGCAAAAUGAUUUUGUAAUGUGCUUAUUUCAGGAAUUUGGGAUCUAUUCGACUAUGACUAUCACUCUUUGCCAUACAAGAUUUUUAAUCAGUCAGACCAGGACGAAAUAUGUUAUGACAUUGGUGAUGACAUGGAAUUGGUCUUUACGUUUCUGCCAAUCAAGAAAAAGAAUGCUAACCUGGUUUGGAGGUGGGAAGAUUACUUAAAAUUCACUUCACCUUUAAUUACAUUAAUAUAGUAUUUAUCAUUUAUAGACCUGGAGCAAGGGGGAUUCGGCGAAAUAUUACCCGAAGUGAUGAUAUUUCCCAAGGGGCUUUGCCCCGAGGAAAAUAUCAUCAAUGAGGGUAAUAUUUCGCCGAAUUCCCCGAGCAGAGGGUCUAUAAAUGAUAUAUUAUACCGAAAAUUAAAAGCCUCCAAGUUGAGAAGUAAAAACUACUUGACACAUACCUUCGUGAAUACGAUGUUUUAUUUUCGGAUUGACGCAAGUAUCGUCGCUUUUCUUUCGAAUCACAUUUCGUUUGGAAUAUUAAUGACAACAUUUUUCAAAAUUUACUUCAAAAUUUUGAAAAAGCCCCAGGUUUUACAUCAUUUACCCAGAUUAUUCAUCACUCAUCAAUACUAUUUAUAUUUUGUCGGCCAUGUUGUUGUCAUGCGUGUUGUCUCGCGUGGUCUACGCGAAUAAUGUUUCACUCCAUGUUCCCCGGGGAACAUGGGGUGGAACAUUGUCAAAAAGAACGCAGGCUCGCUAAUUGAUGACGUAAGGCGUGAUAUCGCGAUUAAUUUCAUGCUCACGUGGCACAAACUAAGCUUCCUGAUUGGACAAUUUGAAUUUGAGGUAUAAUAUUAUAAUAUAACUGGGAUUUCACAGACAACUUGAUUGGCUAAUGUGCGUGCAUUGUGACGCGAUAAUGCAGUGUUUUCUGUGGCACUGCCUUGCUCUUUCUCGGCGUUUUCCCCGCUUCAUCUCUGUUUUUUAGCCAAAGAUAUAAACAAACCUGUGGAGCUUUUAAAAUAAAAAAUGUAUCAAAAAGCAGGAAGAACCACAUGAACAAGGCAAUAUUAUCUAUCAGGGGAUAGAUGCCCCCAAAUUUUCAGAAGACACAAAAAGUGCUCUCUUUAUGGUGGCAAAGUGCUCUUUGCCUUCGUGGAAAAUGUUCAGAAAAUAAUCUGCAAUUCUUGAGAAAAGUGUCCUUCAAAAAGUUAAUGUCCAUGAAACAAAUCCGAUUCAACAAAUAAAUAGCACAUACAGGGUGAGUAAAACAACCUGAUACCUUUGCGGCUAAUUUGAAUAACAAAGGUGUCAGUUUUUUUUACUCACCCUGUACAUUGAAAUGCUAGUAAGCAGUAGAAUUAUGCAAAUUAUAUAGUGUUUGCAGGUAUUGUGAUAUACCCUGCAUUGCAUGGUUUCUUAAGAACGGAGCAACAACAUAUUAUAUUGAUAUAUUGCGUGGUUUCGUAAAAACAGAGCAACAACAUAUUAUAUUGAUAUAUUGCGUGGUUUCUUAAGAACGGAGCAACAGCAUAUUGUGCUGAUAAAUUGCGCGCUUUCUUUAAGAACGGAGCAACAAUAUAUUAUUGAUUGAUUGAUUGAUUGAUUUUAAUAAUUACCACAUUGUAAAUUAAUAAAAAUUUAAAAAACGUGAUAUUACAUAGAUAGUAUUAAAAUUUUUAAAUUUGCAAAAAGUUCAAUUUAAAACUACUAUAAUAUAAACUACAUUAAUGAUAUGUACUAUAAAAUAUUUUGUUAUGUCUAUGGUCGGUCCCAGUUUCUAACACACUUUGGGAUAAAACUGUUCUUAUAUCGUUCAGUUUUGCACUUAUACAUAGGAUAAGUGCGUUUAUUUCUUAGACUGAAUUUGUGAUAUAUAGCACUGGGAAGUAGCGUUCUCAACUUAUCGUCUGAGUGUUGAUGGAUAUUCUUAUAGAAUGACAAGCACUGAUUCUCUCUUCGCUGGUAAAGUGUAAGAAGGCCAGUGUUUCUUAGUGAGGUAGUAUAGGAGGACUGGGGGAAAGCGAUUUUCAAUGCACGUUUUUGUAUACUCUCGAUUUGAUCAGCGAGGAAUUGAGGGAGAGAAAAAUGCCAUACAGGUGAGGCGUAUUCCAAAACUGGACGAAUAAAUGCACAAAAGACCGUUAUUAAAUCAUUGGCUGGGGCACCAGAUCGUUUGAGGAUCCUUAGAGCAUAAAGACGUUUACUUGCUUUGGUGCAGAUUUAAUCAAUGUGCGCAUUCCAGGUAAGAUCCGAUGAUAUUAUCACUCUCAGAAGUUUGAAGGUCUGGACGAUUUCUAUGUUUAAACCAGAUGACGAGAGGGCAUCGAAUACCAUAGGGACUCUAAGAAAGGAUAUACGCAGUUCUUUGGUUUUAGAUACAUUAAGCCGCAUGUUGUUGUGA